GGCAGCCGUGCCGAGAUGAACCCCUGCGCCCCCAGCUACCCUGUGGCCUCGCUCUACGUGGGGGACCUCCACCCCGACGUGACCGAGGCGGUGCUCCGCCAGGAGUUCAGCCCGGCCGGGCCCAUCCUCUCCAUCAUCUGCAGGGACAUGACCACCCGCCGCUCCUUGGGCUGCGCGUGUGUGAACUUCCAGCCACCGGCAGACGCGGAGUGCGCUUUAGACACCAGGAAUUUUGAUGUAAUAAAGGGCAAGUCAGUUCGCAUCAUGUGGUCUCAGCGUGAUCCACCACGUCACAAAACUGGAGUGGGCAACAUAUUCAUUAAAAAUUUGGACAAGUCCAUUGAUAAUAAAGCACUGUAUGAUACCUUUUCUGCUUUUGGUAACAUCCUUUCGUGUAAGGUGGUUUGUGAUGAAAAUGGUUCCAAGGAGUAUGGGUUUGUACAUUUUGAGUCACAGGAAGCAGCUGAAAGAGCUAUUGAAAAAAUGAACGGGAUGCUUCUGAAUGAUCGUAAAGUAUUUGUUGGGCGAUUUAAGUCUCAUAAAGAACGAGAAGCAGAACUUGGAGGUAGGGCAAAAGAGUUCACCAAUGUUUACAUUAAGAAUUUUGGAGAAGACAUGGAUGAUGAGUGCCUUAAGGAUCUCUUUGGCAAGUUUGGACCUGCCUUAAGUGUGAAAGUAAUGACAGAUGAAAGUGGAAAAUCCAAAGGUUUUGGAUUUGUAAGCUUCGAAAGGCAUGAAGAUGCACAGAAAGCUGUGGAUGAGAUGAAUGGAAAGGAGCUCACUGGAAAACAAAUUUAUGUUGGCCGAGCUCAGAAAAAAGUGGAACGGCAGACGGAACUUAAGUGCAAAUUUGAACAGGUGAAGCAAGAUAGGAUCACCAGAUACCAGGGUGUUUACCUUUAUGUGAAAAAUCUUGAUGAUGGUAUUGAUGAUGAACGUCUCCGGAAAGAGUUCUCUCCAUUUGGUACAAUCACUAGCGCAAAGGUUAUGAUGGAGGGUGGUCUCCGCAAAGGGUUUGGUUUUGUAUGUUUCUCCUCCCCAAAAGAAGCCACUAAAGCAGUUACAGAAAUGAAUGGUAGAAUUGUGGCUACCAAACCAUUGUACGUAGCUUUAGCUCAGCGCAAAGAAGAGUUCCAGGCUCACCUCACUAACCAGUAUAUGCAGAGAAUGGCAAGUGUGAGAGCUGUCCCCAACCCCAACCCCUUAAUCAACCCCUACCAGCCAGCACCUCCUUCAGGUUACUUCAUGGCAGCUAUCCCACAGACUCAGAACCGUGCUGCAUACUAUCCUCCCAGCCAAAUUGCUCAGCUAAGACCAAGUCCUCGCUGGACUGCUCAGGGUGCCAGACCUCAUCCAUUCCAAAAUAUGCCCGGUGCUAUCCGCCCAGCUGCUCCUAGACCACCAUUUAGUACUAUGAGACCAGCUUCUUCACAGGUUCCACGAGUCAUGUCCACACAGCGUGUUGCUAACACGUCAACACAGACAAUGGGUCCUCGUCCUGCAGUGGCUGCUGCUGCAGCUACUCCUGCUGUCCGCACCGUUCCACAGUAUAAAUAUGGAGGAGUUUGCAGUCCUCAACAACAUCUUAAUGCACAGCCACAAGUUACCACGCAGCAGCCUGCUGUUCAUGUACAAGGUCAGGAGCCUUUGACUGCUUCCAUGUUGGCAUCUGCCCCUCCUCCAGAGCAAAAGCAAAUGUUGGGUGAAUGGCUGUUUCCUCUCAUUCGAGCCAUGCACCCUACUCUUGCUGGUAAAAUCACUGGCAUGUUGUUGGAGGUCGAUAAUUCAGAACUUCUUCAUAUGCUUGUGUCUCCAGAGUCUCUCCAUUCUAAAGUUGAUGAAGCUAUAGGUGUACUACAAGCCCACCAAGCUAAAGAGGCUUCCCAGAAAGCAGUUAACAGUGCCACCGGUGUUCCAACUGUUUAAAAUUGAUCAGGGACCACGAGAAGAAACUCGUGCUUCACCGAAGAAAAAUAUCUAAACAUCAAAAAAUAUUACAGAAAAAAACAUGGCAAA